ACUUGUCUGAAAUGUUUGACGAAGAUUUGUGUGUUGAUGAGCUUAAAAUUAUUGCCGAGGAAGAGUUGGUAAACAAGGCUUUUGAGGAGGCAUUUAAGACUGGAAAUUCUUCAGAAGUUUCAGAAGAGCAAUCUAAUGCGGGAUAUGAAGAAAUGUUGCAGAGCUUCUUAUUUAGAAUAUUGGGAAUGGCCUAAUAGGUGGUCUUUUUGAAGAUUGUUCUUGGAGCAUUUGAAAAGGAGUAACAGAAGGUCUUUUGAAGGUUUUGAGUUGCCAAAUCACAAAUUAGAGCACUUGUUUGGCAAGGGGAGGGUUUUCUUUUUCCACUGAUUUAUAUCUUGAUUUUUGCUCUUAGCAAGGAUGCAGCUUACAUAAAAUUCAUUAAAUAUAUAUGUGCUUAUGUCUUCUCUUAGUGUCUGUGUACAGUUGUCGUCAACAUAACCUUUGCGGAUAAUUUUGUUUUAGAAUGAUGUAACAUGAGUGUAAAUGCUUUUAUGCUUUGAAAUUUAUCCCGUUUUGAUAUUAAUUCUCAGUAGAAAAGAUGAUGGUAGAAUAUCUAGCUGUGGACAUGCGGGUUUAGAAGGUUCAGGAAUGUUAGAAGAUGCUUCAGCUUCAUUCAAGUCCUUGAAUGGGUUUCCUCAAAGAACUGGUGAUAAUGGAAAACUGAGUGGAAACAUAUCAAAAAAGAGGAAGAUGAGGGGGCGUAUCAUUAAUCAGCAGAAUCAUACUUCAAAAGAAAGUUAUAUCAGAAAGGUGGAACAACUUGCAAAGAUUAAACAAAAACAAGAUGAAGACAAAGCAGCAGCAAGACUGCACUCAUUCAAGGGUAAUUGCAGGAUUAUUGAAUGUGCGACCUUGUCCUCUGAUGGAUCUGAGAGGAUGAAAGCCCUCAAGUCGUUAAGUUCUACAACAAAGGUCAGGUCAUCAAACAUUCAUGAUCAUGUACCAGUGCUACACCCAGAAACUGUUCUUUGUGUUGAAGUUUACCAUAACAAACGAACAUGGGCAAAGACCCAAGAAUUCUUGGUCUUAGGAUGUCAACCUUUGACUGAACUGAGAGACAGCAUAUAUUGCUUGACAGAUAAGGUUAUGGAAAAGGCAGAGCAACAUGAUCCUUCUGGAUAUUUCCUCAUAGAGGAUGUGUUUUGUAAUGAUUUGAGGGUUCCUUCUGCUAUCGACUACAGUGAACCUGUAUUUGAUUGGUUCAGAAAAUCCGAAGCUGAAGUCCUUGAAAAAUGGGAGUGCAUCAUAUCUGGUGAAAUGCAACAGAAGCAAAAAGCCCUUUUAGGCAGUGCAUCAAGCUCACACUUGCCUCGCUUCAAAGCUGUUGACAUGCACAAGACACGUUUUUCUGAUUUACGAUUUCGACUUGGUGCUGGCUAUCUGUAUUGUCACCAGGGAGAUUGCAAGCAUGUAAUUGUAGUUAGAGAUAUGAGGUUAAUUCAUCCAGAAGAUGUGCAGAACCGAGCAGCUUAUCCAAUUACCACAUUUCAAUUAAAAUUACGUUACCGGAAAUGCUCUGUUUGUAAGAUUUACAGAGCAGAAAAGGUAACGGUUGAUGAUAAGUGGGCUCCGGACAAUCCUUGCUAUUUUUGCAAGUAUUGCUACUACAUGCUUCACUAUGAUGAAAAUGGAUCUCUGCUAUAUGAUGAGUUCUCAGUGUACGACUAUCAUCAUGAAUAAUUGUUGAUGUCAUCAGCAGAGGAAUUCAGUGCCAAGCCUCAAUUAAUUUUUGUUGUUGAAUGAUAAAGAUGGUUGGGUUCCGGUAGUUGUUGCAAAUUCUGCCAUUGGUAUUGGUAUGAAGGCUACAAAUCGUUUAAUUAUACUCCAUUGACCUGUCAUAUCAAUGGUGGUGGUUGGGAGAGGGUAGCUCUUUUUCAUUUUUUAUUUUUUUUCUUCUUUGCUCUUUUGGUGUCAAACAAUCAAUCCUCCAAAGCUUUUUAAGGUUGGGUUUGGUGAUUCUAUUUAUACCACACAUUUGAUUUAGGACGAAUUACAUUAAUAGUGUGAGUUUGAGAUUCGUGUCA